AUGAGGGCGGAGAUGUGCGAUCAUCGGGAUGGAACUCUCGCCACGAAGCUGCAGGCCGAGGGGAUAGUUAUGCCCACGCCGCCCCACACCGCGAGGGCUCUGGACUCAGCAAUGAUGGUGCAGGACGAUGAUGACAUCGUCGAACUGAAGUCCGAGAAGGAGAUGCAGUCAACCGACACGCAACUCGUAGUGCUUGCUGCGAAAAUCGGCGCAGUCUCUCUGGCACUUAGGUAUGACGAGGACCAGCUCCUAGCUGGUGCUGCGCACUUUUUGACAACGCACACUCCCAUCGUGGAUCCAAUCGUCAAGGGGAUGGGGGCCGGCAAGGAUACUGAGGCCGUCGCGAACAGCAUUGCGGCGGCGCUGCACACCACGCCUAGACCUCUCCCACGCCAUCCAGCAGGUCAAGUGGGCGUUCGAUUGAGCAAAUUGGCGUCCACUACCACCUCACCAGUACCCACCAGCAAGCCUCAGAGUCCACGGACGCCGCAUCUUGUCGGGUCAAUUCCAACAUCGGGGGCAGGAAUUUCGGGAUGCAGGGAGAAAGCAUCUGGCGCCACCGUUGGGAAACCUCCACGAGCUCGAGAGAGGACACGCGAAGGACGGACAGGGCACACGGGCGUGCGAUAUGAUCCGGAGACCGGCAAGUACUAUGCGAAACUGGUGUGGGGACGUGGGUCCAGACAGCAGAUACGGCUUGGUUCAUACACCGAUGAGAUCGAUGCGGCAUACGCAUACGCUGCCGCAGCACAUGUGCUGCGCCCGAAGGUUAUCAGUAAGGGUGCGGUGAGAUUGUCCGACUCGGACAUUGCGGCGCUAUCGGGUUGCACGGGUGAGCAUAUUCGCGCGCUGGUCCGUAAGCGGAAGUGGUGGAGGUGGCGUGAGUGGAUGGUGGCUCUGAGCGAGAGGGGGCAUGUAUUUCAUGGACAGGGAGAGGGUCAUGAUGCGGCAGAACGUUCGGUACCCAGCAGUGCGUCGGAAGAUAGUGACGCACAGGACGAUGAAUACCCUUUGACGCAAAAGGGCGAGGGGGAUGUGCACAUGAAGGCAGAAGGGGAGGCAAACGGGGGAUGGCCGUAUGAUGGUGGAUUGUUUACAUCGUUUGUUGACAUGCCAAUGGGAGGCGCGGUGAGACCCAGGGACACGCAUGAGGAUACUUUACGCAAUGUGAUAGUGCUUGAUCAAGACGAGCCAUGUCGCAAAGAGACGGGCGAGGACACCGGGUAUCUAAGCCACCUGCAUACCUGCGGCAGGCCUAAGCGACGCGGGCCGUCUAAGAGUUCUAAGACGGCGCCGACCAUUGUCCGCGCGGGAGACGACGGUGCAUCAGCGCACUCCCCGCGGGCAUCUUCUGGGCGGCGCGUGGCGGGUGAGACUGCGCCAUCUGCUAGCGGGAGUGGGGAUGCAGCUGCAGAGUCCCAGUCUUCCCAACAGCCAUCGCAACCAGCUGAGGCGUCGCGGUCGAGGCGCGUCGAGGAUGUUGUGAACGAUACGCAAGCUCCCACUGGAGGAGCGAACGCCGGGAGUUCGCGCCCGGUGGUAUUGAUCGACGAUCCUGCGGAUUUGCUGCCGGAGAUGCCGCGUAACUACGACGGUGAUGUGGGAACACGCAUUUACCGUGACUAUGACAACACGCCCGUAUCCCGCGAGGAGUUCAAUCGCAUUGUUCGUGCGCAUGAGGAAACCCUUGCAGCGUUGGCUCAAUUGGAGACCGUCCUGCUUGCAAAGAUUGAGCACGAGAAAUCCCAGGAGAAGGCUCGUAAGCGGAAGCGGGGACGAGGCAAUGAGACGCGCUCAGCACAUGAGGCCGAACUGAGUGAUAUAGCGCUAUCCGACGACGAAGUCAGGGACCGGGCACCUAAUGCGCGCCAUAAGAAGACUGCCAAAUCGGCGAUUCUGCAGAGGGCAUUGGAAGUGCUCCCGGCCGACAAACCCUGGAAGAACAUUUGCGAGCAGGUGCGCGUUCACAUGUUUUUGGAGCGGAGGAACGAGAAGAUGACGUUCUACCCCAGCAGUGAGGAGAAGACAGCGGGGGUGUGCGCCGUGGUAGACAAUUUGCCGCAAUCGUACGCCUCACUGGCUCUUGCAGCAUGCAAGGCCCGUCGGGCCGAUCUUAAUCGGUCUCUGAGCGAUUGGAAGACAGCGGCUGCGGGCCGGGUGCGUGACAUCGCGCUGCCGCGAAUCGGGCUUUUUCGGGAUGAACGGGACGCGCUCAGCCCGUGGGCAACUCCAAAGGCUCGGUCCAUUGCGAAGGUUCGAACUCGUACUGGGCUUGACGCCAGUAUCGGUGACAAGGUCGUGCUGUCAAGGUGGUCGCACGACCGCAGGGGCAUGCCGUUUGCCUCGGGCGCAUUCACUGCGUGUGCACGCACAGUUUUCAAGCCCAAGAUGUUGAACGGCACCAUCACCCUGAAGCUCUACCAUCUCGCGUGGAUCGAGCAUCUGGUUACUGACGCGAUUCUCAACUGGGAGCAGCGCAAGGGCUGCCUGUCCAAUUCGGCCUCAGUCAACGCCCACAUGGUCAAAGGGCUGCAAACCUUGGUGUUUGAUGCUAUUGUGGGGGCCAUUGACAAGUACAACCCGCCAUACGACCCGGAUACCAAAACGUUCGAAUGGGGCCGUCAUGGGCUCCGCCUCUCGACGUGCGGACUGGAAGAGACACUUCCAGAUGCGACAGGCGACGAGGAAAGCGAGAGAUCCCUCGACGAAGUCUCAGUGUCGCACGGGAAUUCAAGAAUGGACGAGUAG